CGCUGGGGCAGCGUAGGACGUAAGGGGGUAGCCAGGUGCAGGCACAGGGAGUAGUGUGCUUACAGAUACCCAACAGGGCCUGCGAGUGGUGACCAUGUCGCACACAGAGACUGACGACGACGAGUUGUUCCUGUCUGCAGAGGACUACUUGGUGGGGCUCGACAACGACGACGGCCAGGUGGCGGACGAGGGAAUGGUAGAGCUGGACGCUAGCAAAGCAGACGGCGGACAGGAUGCCAUUGAUGGUGGAGAUGGUACAGAUCUUGGUGGGGCUGGUCCAGGGAAUGGUGAGGGCGAGGCCAAGUUUCGCAUGCGGCCGCUCCGGCAGCUGACGCACGACUCGGUGUCAACGGGCGGGGCAUCGACGGGUGGCGCGUCGACGGGCGAUGUGUCGUCGACGUGUGAGGCAUCUUCCGGCGGCGAUGACAAUGGCGGCGACGGUGUAGAAAGCAUGUCAGGCUCGGGCUCGGACGGCGGGUGCAGCAGCUCGAGCAGCUCUGGUGGCGCAGCGUGCGGUAGCGGAGUGGCGCUACCGAUCGCGCCCGAGUACGGGGCGAUCGACGAGAACGGUGAGUUUGUGCUCUUUGUCAAGUGCCUUGACGACAACUCAACGGUGGACGAGAAAACGGCGCUUGCAGGAGUGACGACGGUGGGACCGGACGGCGAGGCAGGCACUGUGCCUGCCAGCAUCCAGGGCAAGGGCAAGGGCAAGGGCAAGGGCCCAUCGACGCCGCCUGAGAGCGAGGAAGUGACAUUUGCGCCGUCACGGGUGAACAAGCUGACCGUGGAGGAAUGGGACCGGCUUCUGGAGCUGCAGGUGCUCGACGCACACAUCGGUGCCAUCUGGGUGGCGCACUUUUCGCCCGACGGCAUGUAUCUGGCUACAGGUGGGCAGGACAUGGUGGUGCGGGUGUGGCGGCUGGCAGAGAGCAACGGGAGCUUGCUCCUUGACCCGACUCCGUUCCGCGAGUACACCGCCCACAACGCGGACAUUCUCGAUCUCGCGUGGUCGCAGUCGAACUUUCUGCUCUCAGCCUCGCGCGACAAGACUGUCCGGCUGUGGCACGUUGAUCGGCCAGGCAUGCUUGCGCUCUUCAAGCAUGUCGACCUCGUGACGGCAGUGGCGUUUCACCCGAGCAAUGAGGAGGUGUUCAUCUCGGCCUCGUUUGACCGCAAGCUGCGAGUGUGGAACUUGCGGACCAACCGUGAGGUGGCGUUGCAGGAGACCGCCGACUACAUCACGGCGACGGCAAUCUCGCCAGAUGGAACCAAGGUGUUUGCUGGGCUUAUGAACGGGCACUGCAUCAUCUACGACCUCGACGCCAAGGCCACCCUCGUUUUCUGCACCUCGCUCCAUGUCCGGUCGUCGCGUGGCAAGAACGCGUCGGGCUCCAAGAUCACCGGCAUUGCCUUUCAUCCCGAUGGGAGCAAGGUGCUCAUCUCGACCAACGACUCGCGGCUGCGAAUGUACAACCUCGACGACUGGUCUGAGUUUUGCAAGUACAAGGGCUUUGUCAACGCCGAGCUGCAGAUCAAAGCCUCAUUCUCGGAGACCGGCAAGUUUGUUGUUACCGGCUCGGAGGACGGGGCGGUGUACAUGUACCGGACGGUGCCGACCAACGUGGCCAAGUCGUCGUUCUUUAGCUCCAUGCAGCGCAAGGACCGGUCCGAGUCGUUUGAGGCCGUGACACUCCAUGACGACGCCGCCACUGUCGCCAUGUUUGUCCCGCUUGCUGCCGGUGGCGGGACUGUCACCGACCCGCUCGACGGUGCCGAGGCGGCGCGAGGGCAGAUGAUCGUCUCGGCCUCGUAUGACGGCCUGCUCAAGGUUCAUAUCAACAUGCCUGUUCCGCCAGCGGCGUCGCUCGCCCCGCCCGGAGCAAGCGCCGGCGAGGCGUCGGCAUCGGCGUCGGCAUCGGCAUCCGCAUCGGGCGGCGGCGAGACGUCCGGCCGCGGCCACACCCGGUCGCGCUCGCUCUCCAAGUCCAAGGCCAAGCCCAAGGCCAAAGCCAAGGCGCUCUCCCAUGCCCGGACCAAGAGUCGCGGCUGA